AGAAACGCAGCUUGGGAUCCUGCUUCCGGGAGCCCUAGAAAGUAGAUCCUGACCAGUGCCUGCCAACAGCCCUGCCAGGAAGAGACCUCGCUUGUCCUGACCUCCAGCAAAGACCCAUGUAAUGUCUAGACCCUUGAUGAGAACAAUCUGGAAAGAGGUGCUCAUAAUUAAGACUGCUGCCCCUGAAACUGGAGAGGGGCUGUGAGUCCCUCAUUCUCACUUUGGAGACCCUCCCAUCACAAAACCACCUGGACACACACUGAGUGUCAUGGCCAAGGGCAGGACCUGUCUGUAGUGAUGACAUAGCACAGACACUUAGGCCCCAGGGGCAAAUCACCCUUCCAGGAGAAUUGGGAAGUGCCAGGGGGCCUGGCAGGGCAGGGCACAGCAGGUGCUCGGGAGCCCAUGCUGUCUGUAACUGGAAACACCUCUAGAUGCUGAGACUCAUCCUGCAGAGAAACCUGGUGUGCUUCCUCCUGCCUCACUGCAGGUGAGAUGAAGGCCCUGGCAGGAGGAGGAGGUUCCAGCUGCUGGGCAGGACAGUGUCUGGGCUAGGGCCAGGCUUCCCCUCGCUGGAAGGCGCCCACCCUGGGCAGCCCUUCUCCCACUCUGUGUGCCUUCCACGCUCUGCAGCCCCAGGCACCUGGCCCUGGGGGACUGUAGGAGUGGCUUGGAAAGAGCUGGUCCCCUGGGCCUGCCCCCACCCCUGCACCAGCCUGUUGCCGCCUCCCAUCUGCCCUGUGCUCUGCUUAUCAUGUAACCAGAGCCGGCAGCCUCAUUCACGCCUGAAACAGGAAGCCCCGCUGGGCCUGUUCAGGAGCUGCCCCAAGAGCCGGGCCAGAGGAUGGAGGAGCAGCAGGCAAUAGUGGCCGCCAAGGAAGGGGAUGUGGCCGCCUUGGAGCGGCUGCUGGAGGCUGGCGCCCUGGGCCCAGGCAUCACUGAUGCUCUGGGGGCUGGGCUAGUGCACCAUGCCAGCCGGACAGGCCAUCUGGACUGCGUCAAGUUCCUGGUGCAGCGAGCCCAGCUGCCCAGUAACCAGCGGGCCCACAACGGGGCCACACCGGCACACGAUGCGGCUGCCACGGGAGGCCUGGCUGAGCUGCGCUGGCUGGUCCGAAAUGGAGGCUGCGGGCUGCAGGACCAAGAUGCCUCGGGCGUCUCCCCGCUGCACCUGGCUGCCCGCUUUGGACACCCAGCACUGGUGGAGUGGCUGUUGCAGGAGGGCCACGAAGCCACACUGGAGACUCUGGAGGGCGCGUUGCCGCUGCACCAUGCCGCUGUCAGCGGGGACCUGACCUGCCUGAAGCUCCUGGUGGCCGUCCACCGCAGCAGCGUGAACCACAGGACUCGCAGUGGUGCCUCCCCCCUCUACCUGGCCUGCCAGGAGGGCCACCUGCACCUGGCCCAGUUCCUGGUGAAGGAUUGCGGAGCCAACGUGCACCUGCGUGCCCUCGAUGGCAUGAGUGCGCUGCAUGCCGCUGCUGCCCGCGGCCACUACUCGCUCGUUGUCUGGCUGGUCACAUUCACAGACAUCAGCCUGACCACACGGGAUAAUGAGGGGGCCACCGCCCUGCACUUCGCUGCCCGCGGAGGCCACACACCCAUCCUAGACCGGCUCCUGCUGAUGGGUGCCCCGAUCACGAGAGACUCUUGGGGUGGGACGCCCCUGCACGACGCAGCAGAGAAUGGGCAGAUGGAGUGCUGCCAGACCCUGCUCUCCCACCGCGCGGACCCCUCCCUGCGGGAUGAAGACGGGUACACGGCGGCAGACCUCGCGGAGUACCAUGGACACCAGGACUGCGCCCAGUACUUGCGGGAGAUGGCCCGGCCAGUGCCAGUCCUGAUGACACCCCCGCCACCUCCAUUCCCACCUCCUCCACUGUCAGCUGCAAGGCUCUCCUUGGAGGACAGAAGUAGAGGUGGCUCGGGGCUCAGGAGCCACACAGCAGCGACUCUCAGCCCUUCCUGGCCUGGCCAGCACAAUCAGCCUGUCCCCAGUGAGCAGAUGGCCCGCACAGUCCUCCCACAGAUCACCACCAGUGCCCUGGCUGCUCCUGAGGGAGCGGAGUCGGCAGUGGGUGACUCCCCCGAUGGCCUGGCUGCGCUGCAGCUGGAUGGUGUGCCAUCAGGAGACCUGGACGGGCUGGUGCCCACGCGGGACGAGCGCGGCCGGCCCAUCCCCGAGUGGAAGCGGCAGGUGAUGGUGCGGAAGCUGCAGGCGCGCCUGGGCGCAGACCGUGCUCGCGAGGCCCAGGAUGACAGUGGGAGCCCAGGCCUCCUGGAGCAGGCGGCCUGGCGGUACUCGCAGGCCCACCAAGCGGUCCUGGGCCCCUUUGGGGAGCUGCUGACUGAGGACGACCUGGUCUACCUGGAGAAGCAGAUCGAAGACCUGCAGCUCCGGCGCCGCUGCCAGGAGUACGAGAGCGAGCUGGGCCGACUGGCUGCGGAGUUGCAGGCCCUGCUGCCUGAGCCCCUGGUCAGCAUCACCGUCAACAGCCACUUCCUGCCCCGGGCGCCUGGGCUGGAGGAAGAUCAGGCCCUGGCCCUGGUGGCUGAGCCCACGGACUCCGCAGAGACUGGGGAGGCCGUGCCUGGCGGGCAGCCUCUGCCCUUCUGGUGUAGCCACAUCAGCCGCCUGGUGCGCAGCAUGUCCCUGCUGCUGAAGGGUGUGAACGGGCUGGUGCAGAGCGAGGAGUCGGCCACCCAGGCCCUGCAGGAUCCCCGCGGGGGUGCCGCAGUCAGGCCCCCUCGCAGCGAGGCCCAGCGUGAGAUCCAGGAAUUCGGGGUGUCUGUGCGAGUGCUGCGUGGCAACUUUGAGUUGGCCCCUGGACAGCCCUGUGCCUCAGACCUGAGCCCUUGUGAACUGGCCGCCCAGCCUGGGCAGUGCCUGAGAGGCUGCUGCCCGGCUCCCCUGCAGCCCCGAGCCAGCACAACAGGAGGGGGGCCUGGGCCAGGUGACACAGAGGAGGCCAGUGACUCAGGCAUCAGCUGUGAGGAGGCCCCCUCGGAGGCGGGUGCCGUGCCCAGCCUGGACUCAGCCAGCCUGCGCAAGGAGCGCAUCGUCAUGCUGUUCCUCAGCCACUGGAAGAAGUCAGCCUAUACACCUGCCCUCAAGACGGCGGCCUGCAGGACCCUGGAGGCCCGCAAAGCUGGGCCACGGGGACAGGAGGUGGCCAGGAGCCCUCGGGCGCCCUCCCUGCUGCCCAGUGAGGACCCCCGGCUCGGCCACCUGUGGCCGCAGCGGAGCAUCAUCACCCAGCUGCUGGGCAACUGGAAGGCCAUCAUGGCCCACGUGCCGGCCCGGCAGCUACGGCGGCUGAGCCGGCGGCCCCGCAGUCCCCUGUCCCCUGAGCAGUUCCUGCCCCACGUGAAUGGGGCUCCUGUGCCCUACAGUAGCCUCCCACUGGACCUCUUCAUGCUGGGCUACUUCCAGCUCCUGGAGUGCGACCUGCCGGCCGAGGAGCGCAAGAUGCGUCACCUGCUGUGCUUCGAGGUCUUUGAGCACCUGGGUGCCCAUGGCUGGGAGGCUGUGCGUGCCUUCCACAAGGCCGUGACUGAUGAGGUGGCAGCUGGCCGCCGCACCUGGACUGAUGGCUUUGAGGACAUCAAAGCUCGCUUCUUUGGCUCCAGCCAGGGUGCCACUCGGGACACGGAGCCUGGUCGAAAGUCAGGCCUGACCCCCCUGGGGCCACUGCCUUCUGCCACCAUCCCAAGCAGUGGCCCAGAGUCCCCUGCCCAGCGGCUGGGGUUUGGCUCCCAGCGGGGCAGCUUCAACAGCGAGGACAUCUGUGGCUACAUUGACCGGAGCUUUGCCUUCUGGAAGGAGAAGGAGGCUGAGAUGUUUAACUUUGAGUGACAGAGAGUGGCUGGGAGGGAAGUGCCGUUUCCUCUCCUCCUGUCCUUUCCAGGCCACCUGGAGGCGAGGCAGGCCCAGGCCAGGCCACAGGUGUGCAGCACCAGCCUCCAUCCCACUGUGGCCAGAGGUCCCUUCGGCUGAGGCCUGUGCUCCUCUGAGCAAGGACUGGACAUCAGAUCCUCUCCAGGAGCCCCGGCCCCUGUGGGCCCUGCAGGCAGGCUGCUUGCUGUCCGAGGGCCCUCGGCCUAGUUGUCCCCGAGCUCCUGUUCCCUGCUCCCCUCCUCUGGUGCUCCGAGCCACCUGGGAGCCCUCGUCCGUCCUUUGCCUGCUGCUCUGGUCUUAGCUCAGGUCUUGCCUCUUCUCUGGGGCGACCUCCCAUCUGCGGAAUGGGGGCAGGGCUGGCAGCUGGAGGGGGCGGGACAGGAUGGGAAGGGGCCUCCCUAGGAGCAGACCAUCCUCCAAGUCCUCAGGAGGUGGUCCACAGGGACUCACCAGGGCACUGCAGAGCACCUGGCCCCAGAGGGAAGGCUCCCUGUGUGGCCCUGUCUUCUGGCUGGCCAGACCCUCCCAGACCCUCCCUCAGGGCCUGGGGCAGCAGCAGGGUUGGUCCUGGGCCACAGGGAGAAGAGCAGGCCUGUGCCCCUCUCAAAGGGAGCACACAGCAGCGGGUGUGGCCACUUCCAGGGGCCUUUGAGUGCCACAGGGCAUCUCUUCUCCACAAGGUGGAAGGACAGGGGAGGGUCUCGAGUUGCUGCAGACAACCUCCUGAACCAGGUGCUGGGGAGGGAGCCCUGAGGGCUGCCUGUGGGGUGCAGCUUGCCCCACUCCCAGUGACAGCCAGAAGGAUGGGACACCACCUAGGCUGGGGGGCUGUGUGUCC